AUGAAUAAAGCUGUACCAGACUAUUUACCGGCUGAAGGGUUAAAGCUGGACCGGACUGGUUACUGGCUAAAUAAAGCUGGACCGGACUGGUUACUGGCUGAAGGGUUAAAGCUGGACCAGACUGGUUACAAGAUGAAGAAUAAUGCUGGACUAGAGACUACUAUAGAGAUCCCUACAGUGUGUGUGGUGCUGGACGGGUGCCCAGAUACCCUUGAUACCAUAUACAACUCCAUGUGUAAUAACACCCCAUGUGUCAUCGUGGAAGGAUCCGGGCGUGUUGCAAACAUCAUCUCAGAGGUGGCAAAUCUUGGUUCUUCCAAAAUCACCAUUUCCCUCAUCAAGGAGAAACUGCAGAACUAUUUCCAGGAGUCGUACGACACCUUCACCGAAACUCAGAUUAUCACCUGGACCAAGAAAAUACAGGAUAUUGUCAGCAUGGGAUCUCUGCUGACCAUCCUCCGGGAACAAAAGGAUAGAGGCCAAGGGAUGGACGUGGCCAUCCUCCAAGCUGUGCUGAGAGCGUCUCACAGUGAUGAUGGAGGACAGGAGAAUUGGGACCUUCAGCUGAAACUCGCCGUGUCCUGGAAUCGGGCAGAUAUUGCAGAGACGCAGUUAUUUAGUGACGACAGGACCUGGAAGCCCGCUGAUCUUUACCCCAGUCUAAUGGUGUCAUUGAUUGAAGAUAAACCUGCCUUUGUCCACCUCUUUCUGGAUCAUGGAGUGUGUCUCUCGGAGUUCCUCACCACAGAAAGGCUCCUAUGCUUGUACAAUAACACCGACCCGUCCAAUCUGAUUCAUAUAAAAUUACAGAGACUGGCCACUGCUGAAGGAUCGAGUGACAUUGCUCAAUCCACCAUUGGACUACAUCAUGUGUCCAGUUUCCUGCAAGGGCUUCUGGGACAGUAUAUUGAGCCACUUUACCCAGGUGCACCAUAUCGUCGCACAUGGAGCCUGUUUCAUGAAAACAUGAGAAUGAAUGACAUAGUGGACGUAAUGAAUGGAGACCCAAAACAUCUGAAAUACCCCGUACGUGAUCUUCUCAUCUGGUGCAUUGUCCAGCAUCGUGCAGAACUUUCAGAGAUCUUCUGGAACCUGACACAGGACAGUAUAGCUGGGGCCCUUCUCUGCACUAAGAUCCUAAGAGCCAUGGCUAAAGAGGAGGAGGGCAUGGCAAACACGGAGAAAAUGACAUCACUGUCUGAUGUAUAUGAGAAGCGCGCUGUGGGAGUUUUUUCUGAAUGUUAUUCUAAUGACAAGAAACAAGGUGAAAAUCUCCUGACACAUGUGUCGGCUGAAUGGGGAAACGUUACUAUCAUAGACCUGGCUCAGGAGGCCGGAGCUCAGAGCUUCAUGUCUCAUGCUGGAGUUCAGUUAUUCCUCACGAAGAUCUGGUGGGGAUGGCUAUCGGCUAAUAACAGCGUUUUGCAGGUCUUGCCGUGCAUGUUUCUGUUUCCGCUCAUCUACAGUGGUCUCCUCACCUACAGAAAGGGAGUAGGAACUUCUGUAUCCUGUACCGCGGAGACGCAAUGUGAGCAAGAAGCUAUGGGUGUGCGAUGCGACCAAAGGAAUGACCUGUGCGGUAAUAUUGAAUCUGUGCUCUGUAGACCCAGACCCUACAGCUGUCUCUGGAAGAUCAUGGCCUUCUUCAACGCCCCAAUAAUCAAGUUCUAUUAUAAUUAUCUGUCAUAUGUCGGCUUCCUGGUGCUCUUUGCUUAUGUGCUGAUAGUUGAUUUCCAGACGUAUCCAUCUUGGAGAGAAUAUCUCUUGUACGCCUGGGUAAUAACCCUCCUGUGUGAGGAGCUGCGACAGUUAUUUUAUGAUCCUGCCCAGUACGGGUUUGUGAAAAAUUCAUUCCGUUACAUCACCGAUUUCUGGAAUCAGAUGGAAGUACUUGCAUUGUGUCUCUUUGCUGUUGGGGUCAUCUGCAGAUUGGUCCGCACUGAUACAGUUUACCUGGGCCGGGUGUUCCUUUCUGUGGACUACAUGAUAUUCUGUACUCGUCUUUUGCGAGUCUUCACCGUCAGCAACAUCAUAGGGCCUUACGUUGUCAUUUUUCGCAGGAUGCUGAGGGAAAUUUACUUCUUCCUCUUCAUUUUGGUCCUCUUGAUUGUGGCCUAUGGGGUUCCAAAGCAGGCGAUCCUAUAUAUUAAUGAAACACGGUGGGACUGGAUCUUUCGGCAUGUUUUCUAUACUUCGUUCCUGACACUUAUAAAUAAAAUUCCAGUAGACGUGGAUGAAUUGAACUUUAAACCUUCAAAAUGUACCCAAAACGGCAGCGUUGCUUCUCUUUCUCUGUGUAUCUACAAUGAUGGCAACGGGAACGCUCUCUUUCCAGAAUGGCUGACCAUCAUCUUAUUGUGCCUGUUUCUCAUGCUUGGCACCACAUAUCUGAUGCAUGUUUUCACUUCAAUAAUUGGGUAA